AUGUCAACGUUAAGAUUAUAUCAAAAUUUGACGAUUCAAGUUUCAUUAAAAAGUCCGCCACAUAGCAUCAAUGGUAAUGAUACAGUCAUUAUCGCAUGGAAACCAGCUGAUUAUUCGAAAUGUAUGGAUUUUGUAAUAUAUACACCGGAACAACUUAGUUUCAAUGAUGAAAAUUUUCAGCAAAAACAAACAUUUACUUUUACUCGAGUUAAAAAUGGAAGUGUAACUGUAAUUCCAAAUUCUUCCGGUGGUGGAUUUGAUACAGUUACACCAGGAUACAAUGCUAUUUAUAUUGAUUAA